GACUAUGGAUAAUAAAAAGGAGAAUAAAAAAAAACAGAUAAACAGAAUCAAGAAAAAGUUUUCUAUUUUCCUUCUCCAUUUUCCCGAGAAAUUAGAACGAAACGCUGAUCAAAAUUCAGAAACACAAACAAACAAACAAACAACACGAUCAGAUCCAUUCACAAUUUGCAUUCAUCUCAAUUCUUCAAUCCAAUUCGUUACUCUGUUUUUCAACAUUAUUUGAUUCAAUUUGCAUUAAUCUCAAAUUCCCCCAAAAUUUGAUUCAAAUUCUAACAUGUGAAAUUCAAAUGGAUUUGGAUUGUUGAUUUGGAAGAAAUCAUGAUGGAAAGGGAAAAUUGGAACGAGAAUAUCAAUGGGUAUUAUGGGAAUCAAUUAUUGCGUGAUUAUGAUCGAGAUUCAGUUACUAUACAUUCUUCUUCGUCACCAUCUCCACCAAGACUUGGUUACAUUGAACAUCGUGUAUCAAAAUUUGAUACUUUGGUUGGCAUUGCAAUCAAAUAUGGUGUUGAGGCUACAGACAUCAAAAGGAUGAAUAAUCUUGUUACAGACCAUCAGAUAUUUGCACUUCAAACAGUUCAAAUUCCAUUACCUGGAAGGCAUCCUCCAUCUCCUUGUUUAUCAAAUGGUUCAACUACUCCAGCAAAUGGUAUCUCGACUCACCUACCACCUGAUGAUGCGAGCCGUGAGCUGCUUGAAUCAUUUCAGUCCAUAAAAGUAAAGUCUCACGACCGGAAGGUUUCCCCUGCCAUGAGUUCAUUACAGGGUUAUUAUGGACUUCCAGCUCUCUCUAAUUCUUCAGAAAACGAUUCUACCAUGUGUGGACGGCCCCUGAGUCGUCAACGAAAAUCCAGAAGUUUGGUCAAUGUAAUUUUGCAAGAGAUUAUGGAUAAGGGUGAUACUUCACCAGCUUCAGAAACCGGCGAACUUAGCUCUGAUAAAUGGAAUGACAAGUUUGCCCAGAGGCGUCAGAAAUCGGUAGCUGACUUUACUAGGAUACCGGAGUUGAUUCUGAGGGAGGAUAAUAGCAGCAAUGGUGCCCUUCCUUCAAGAACAGGAAAGGGCUUAGCUUUGAGACAGAAAGCAGCCAGCCGAAAUGCAGCGGCAAAUGAUUCUGAAUCAAGUUCGCCUGUGGCAAUGGUUAUGGGGGAUGGUUUUCAAACUGAAAGUUCAUCUGGUGUAAGGAAAUCAUCCAGUACAUCUUGUUUGCAAGAUCAGGAUAACUGCGGCUCCUCAUCCAUUUGGCCAUCAUGGAAACCAGAUUUACAGGCCCUUUCAAGUGCAGCCAUCGGAAAACCAAUCUUUGAUGGCUUACCAAAGCCAAUAACUAGUCGAAGGAAUAAAGCUGCACUUGAUUAAUACAUGUUAAUUUAUUAAAACAGUUUUGAUCCUUCUUUUGAGUAAUGGAAUCAUUAGCUGCUACAUCGAUCGUUAGGUUGGAGAAGUAAAACAAUGUAGCAGGGAAAAAGAAUCAAACAUCAUAUAUUCUUUCUGAAUAGGGCAAUGUUUUUUUAUCCAGAAAAAUACUUCCAAUUUAUUUAUUUUUAAAUAGUCUUAGCGGCCUUGUGGCCAUAAAUGUAGGACUGAAGAUCUUGAACAUUAUCAUUCAACCAUUUUUUUGUAUGGUCAUAGUGAUACUUUAAGGAAACAGAUUCCCUGUGAUCCGCAACCAUUGUAAUUGUCGAUCUCAGUUGUUGAUAUAGAUCAGAUGAUUGAGAUUUUGAGUU